UCAUCACGUUCCAUGCAGAUGACUGUACUCGUUCAGAAAAGCAACAGGAUUGUCUAUGGGUGGGGGAAUCAUGAGUGCAUCGGGAAAUCUAUUAAACCGCAGCCUGAUCGAGUGUUCAUACUUUUUCCCAGUAGUGGUUAUGAAUGAACUUAAAAAUGUCCAGGCAACCUACAGAAACCUCUCUGUAGAUUUUGACUAUUAUCAUUGUGAAAAUGGAGCUAAAAGUAAACUUGUUAAUUUGAAUGGCACUAUUCCUGUGCUAUGCAGAGGCAUAAUUUAUAAUGUUCCAAUUAGCAUCUGGUUGCAUAACGAACAUCCCCAGAUUCCACCAAAAUGUUUUGUGAAGAAGCUGCUAAUUCUGCAUCAAAACCCUGGAAUCCAUAUAGAUAACACUGGCCUGGUGUCUUCAAGUUACUUACACAGCUGGAGAUAUCCAGCGUCACAUUUGGUCGGUCUUAUUGAAGACGUGAGAAAAUCUUUAAUGAAUUGCUUAAUUGAUCCACUGCAGAUUCCUCUUUCUCAAGAACAGCACUCUCCCACCUCUGUCGUUCUGCCUUCUUGGCCAAGCACUGUACCUUCCAUUGGGAAUAAUUAUUCAAGUUUCAAGAACAUUCCUCAACCGUUGAAUUCUGGCUGUUUCCAGCCUUUCUAUUCAAAUAUAUGGUCUCUUGGUUACCAAUAUCAAGGCAGUGCUUAUCCUAUGACACCUGCAGGAAUUUCACCACGUUCGUCAUCUUCCAGACCUUUGCAUGAAACUGUUGAGAGAAAGUCUGAUCAAGCAUUGAAGAAGAAAAUGGAUUCUGUAGAACAAACUGCAGACCUUUUUGAAGACUUGCAUUUGGACAAAGUACUAAAUGCAUUUGACUUGGCGACAUCUUUGAAAAACAAACAAGGUGUAGCUGAUGAUACUUUUUCUUCUGAUCGAAUUGAAUCUGAAAAUGCAAAACCUUUGAGGUUACACGAUGCUCAAAAUUCAAGCUCUCACAAGGAUGAACGGAGAGUGCAUGUACUUAACAUUCCUGUUGAGUUUCCAGCACACAGGAUGAAAGAUAAGCUUACCAUAAUUUUUCAGCGUGCUGUCAACGGUGGUGGAGAAAUAGUCAACUUUCAGUAUCCGACUAGAAUUCCAGGAUCUGCUGUUAUUACAUUUUGUGAUGCCAAAGUUGCAGAAAGAGUUGUCAAACAGGAACAUCGCUUGAUCACCAUUAAUAAUAAAAAAUUUCCCAUACAAGUGAAGUUGUACAAUGAAAAAGAUGGUGUGUUGGAUAAAGAUGUCAUUGGAACUGAAAUUUGCCCUAUGGUUACGGUGGAGUCAUCAUCGAUUCCUGUUGAUUUGCCAAAGGAAAAAUCAGAAAUUUUCCAGAGUUUAAUGAGCAUUCAGGACAAUAAUUUCACUGCUGAGGAUGUGAUGGAAGCUGUGGAGUCUGGUUUAAACUUCGAAUCAGCUUUGCGGUAUCUUUCUCAUGAGUGUCCUAUUUGUGGAGAGCAUGUAACCUUUAGCAAGGUUGUGACAAUGACAUACUGUAACUGUUCAUUCUGUAAAGACUGUUUUAGACAAUAUUUUUCAUCAGUUAUAAAGGAGAAGAGUAUAGUUAAUAUGGUUUGCCCAAAAUGCAGUGCACCAGAUCUGAAAAGUCCCAACCUCCAAGAGGAUGUCACAGAAUACUUCAACUUCUUGGAUAUUCAGAUUCGCUAUUAUCUUGACGAAGGGCUUCAUGAGUUGUUCCAAAGAAAGCUUCGAGACCGAACUUUGAUGGAAAUGCCAAACUUCAGAUGGUGUGCACAUUGUUCCUUCGGACUGUUACAUGAAGUAGAUCGACUGAGAAUGGAUUGUCCUUCUUGUAAGAAAAGCACAUGCUUCCAAUGCAAAAUUCCAUGGGAGCAACAGCAUGAAGGAAUCAGCUGUGAAAAGUUUAGGUUAUGGAAACAGCAGAAUAACCCUGAAUAUCAGGCAAGCAAACUGGAUGUCUACCUCGCCAAAAAUGGAAUAGAGUGCCCUAAUUGCAGAGUUCGAUUUGAUCUGUCAAGAGGAGGUUGUAUUCAUUUUAGAUGCACAGAGUGCCAUUAUCAGUUCUGUGGUGGCUGUAAGCAACCCUUUAAAUUAGGAUCGGCUUGUGGAUUCAUGAGUGACUGCCACACUAAGGGUUUACAUGCGCAUCAUCCCCGGGACUGUUUCUAUCACCUCAGAGACUGGAGUGUGGAACGGCUGCAGCAGCUAUUGAAAAAUGCGGGUAUUUCCUUGACUGGCAUUGUAACAGAUAACAGUCUAGAACAGAUGGAAGGUAAAUGUAAAGUUACAGAGCAAAGAGAUACAUCACAAGGUCUGAAAGAUAAACAGUGUGGGCAUCCAUCAGUGAAAGGCUACUUGGGCUUCUGCAAAAUGCAUUUUAUAGAGUUUUUGGUGGAACUCAUUAAUAAAAGUUCUUUGGACCCAGUCCUACUAUACAAUAAGGAGGAAAUGUUAAUUGAACUACAACGCUGGGGUGUAGCAAUCCCUAACCAACAUGUGAAUGAAGAAGACAAACAAUUUACGCAAAGACUAAGAGUUAAAAUAUUGAAUGAAUUAAAGCUGGACAAUCCACAAAAAGUUUUUGAUAAGAACACAGGAUGAUUUGCUUCCAUCGGGCAGAUGUCCAAUGAGUUGUACCUGCAUCCAAGUAAACACAAGACUUUAAACAUGAACUUAUAGAAAAUUUACAGCAUAGGAGAAGGCCAUUUGGCCAGUUACUGAGCCAGCAGCCUACCAUGAAAAUGCUUCACGAGCAAGAUGUUGAAUCAAGACAAAAUACUUGUCAAGUGAUAUCUUUAGAUCACUUGUUCUUUUUUUAAAUCACUAGUUAAUUUCAUGUAGCAUUGCUCAGAAUCAAAUGUUUAUUUGAAACAUGGAAAAAUUUGUGGCACAGAAGGAAACUGUUUGUCCUUGGUAGCUGAAAAAGAUUCCCAGUAUCUGGUCAUUGGUCUUAUGGGUUUCAGCAUUUCGAAUGCAUUUUCCAAGUUUUUGUUUUAGAUGUGAAUACUAUUUCUGCCUCUCGUAUCCACUGCAGGUGGUGAAUUCCACUCUCACCAAUCUUUAGAUGAAAAUUCAACUGCUUUUUCUUGAGAGAGAGGUUUUGGUCAAUAUCACUUUGGGGCUGUGUGCAUGAGGGGAAAGAUUGAAACUUAGCAUGCAGCUGAGCUUGAUGAUGUGUGGCAAUAACCUACACAUCAGUUACAGGCACAGAGCUUGGGGUGUGCUGUGCGAAUGUAUUACAGCAUCAGGCCAGUGUUUGGCUCCUGGGAUGCCUUUUCAAGAAAAAUAUAAUAGCUCUACCUGAAAGAAAGAAGCUCAAAAUGUAACACAUCAAAGUAGCCUUCAACAUUUUUAAGAAACCCUGGGAAAAUUAUGUAAACCGUGAAAAAUAUUAACGUUAUGUAAUGUUAAGAUAUAAUUUUAAAAGAGCAAAGAACUGUUUGUCUGCAUUACAGAAAAAGUUAUGAGAACAAUUUUUGUAGUGAGUACAGAAAUUGAUGUCAUUGCAAAAUUUCACCAAGCACGUGCUUCUAUUGGAGAGGACAUUGCACCUCUGUAGAUUCUUCACCCAUGAGUCAUGUACGGCAGAGCCCAGCAAUAAUUAAGUUUCUACUCUUUUUUUUUUCCCACUAUCCCGUGUCUGCAUGGGUUUCCUCCGGGUGCUCGAGUUUCCUCCCACAGUCUGAAGUUGUACAGGUUAGGUGAAUUGGC